AACCAUCCUCUGUGCUUUCAGCCAUCACAGUACAGGGACAAUAAUUAUAGCUACGACCACCCGUUUACAUGACGCUGAGCUUGAAUGAGGGAGGACUGGAUGUUGAAGUUGGUGGCUGUGCAGCGCAGUCCAUCACAAGUGGUGCAAGAGCGGGGGCAUAUGCUGGCAAAAUAGACAGUGAGUGGCAGAGAGCGAGGACCAAGCCGACAACUCCGUGUCUUGCCUGAGCUCUUUCACAUCACACUGAGCGCUGCCACUGCAAGUCAGGGAAUCUUGGCGGUGCCAUUGAAGAUCCACAGAAGUGAGGCUGCAGUAUUCAAACAUGGAGAACUACACGGCAAAUGUUCAGAAUAUCAGCAGGCUUGUAAAUAUGACGAGAACGCCUCUGAAGCCUCUAGAAGAGCAGGUGGUCACAAUUGUUUUGACGCUCCUCAUCUGUGGAGUGGGGAUUGCGGGAAACAUCAUGGUGGUGUUGGUUGUGUUGCGGACCAAAGACAUGGUGACCCCAACCAACUACUACCUCGUGAGUCUGGCGGUGGCUGACCUCAUCGUACUUCUGACUGCAGGCCUGCCUAACAUCUCCGAUGUGGUAGCAUUCUGGAUAUACGGCUACACGGGAUGCUUGUGUAUCACCUACCUGCAGUACCUGGGCAUCAAUGUGUCCUCGUGCUCCAUCACUGCCUUCACCAUCGAACGAUACAUUGCCAUUUGUCACUCCAUAAAGGCUCAGUUCUUAUGCACCGUUUCGCGAGCCAAGAGAAUCAUUGCCGGCGUGUGGGUCAUCACAUCACUCUACUGCAUGAUGUGGUUGUUUUUGGUGGACACCGAUGAAACAGUCUAUGCCAAUGGCGUGGUGGUUACCUGCGGCUACCGUGUCUCCAGGAGCCUCUACAUGCCAAUCUACUUCCUGGACUUCACUUUGUUCUAUGUGAUCCCGGUCAUCGUGGCCACCGUGCUGUACAGCCUCAUCGCUAGGAUUCUCUUAAUGAGCCCUCUGCCCUCGCAUCUCGACACCAGAGGCUCGAUUCACCGAGGUGGCUCCGGCAAGACUAAGAAGGCCAACAAGGGGGCAGUCUCAGCCAGGAAGCAGAUGACAAAGAUGCUGGCUGCCGUGGUCAUCCUCUUCGCCCUACUCUGGAUGCCUUAUCGCACACUGGUCGUGGUCAAUUCCUUUAUCGACCCUCCGUACCACAACAUGUGGUUCCUGCUCUUCUGCAGGAUGAGCAUCUACUGCAACAGUGCCAUCAACCCCAUCAUUUACAACCUCAUGUCCCAGAAGUUUAGAGCAGCGUUCAAGAAGCUCUGCAAGUGCACCCGACGAAGCAAAGAUGAGGCGACGGAGUACAAAGUGCCCAUAUGUUACAGUGGGCCAAAACAUUCCUCCCAUGAGAGCAAUGAGCCGAUUACAGAGCAAAAGGAUGUGAAUGACAGGACCGUCCAGAGCUUCAACUCAGCAGAGGGUGAUGUUUAACUAAGGCUUUAAUUAUUAAUUUAAUAAUUUAAAAUACCAAAUGAAACGUCUAUGUUUAAUGCACUGCUGAUGUGAAUUAGCAUUUAUUGUGACACUGACCAGUCAAGUCAAAUCUAUUUAUUGUAUGUGUCAUUAUCAUUGUAGAAAACAAUUCAUCGAAGGCGUCAUUAUCCUUCACAAUCUUUUUUCCCCCCCAAGAAACUAACCUUCACCUUGUGCGAGACUUGCACUUGGCACAAAAACAGCCAUCUUUGGGUCCAAUUUGGACAGUUUCACUUCGGGGUGUACUCACUUUUGUUGCCACUUGUUCAGUUAUUAAUGGCUAUGUGCUGAGUCGUCAUGGGAUACGUUUCUGGUUUUGUGUUUUAUUGGAAUUGUUUGUGUUGACACAAUGUACUGCAUGCCCAGAAUACUUUGAUUUGCUUUAUGAGGCAAUGGCGGUAUUAUUAUGUAUAUGUGUGACCAAUUCAAAAUGCAAAGAUCUGCAGAAGUUCAUUGUAAUUCGACCAUAGUAACCAACACGAUUCAACAAGAGGCGAUUGUUUGGAUAUCUUUUAAAAUGUCGUCAAGACGGAGCCAGUAGCUGUUGUGUGCACUGUCCAGCACUGAUAAUGUUAUCCAUUGUUCGGGCGGAAGCGCAUCUGUGUUGUUCAAUGACAAAAGCUCUUCAGGUGCUCCGGAUGCACGAGUGCAGUAUGAUAGUAGUACAAAGCUCACUAAACACUACAUACAUGGGCAUUGCAAAGCAUAAAGCUCAACUGUGUCACAGGCCCCCUACGACUGUUGCCCGCAGGCUACUCGGUAUCUUGCCGCACACAUUUUGGGGAA